AUGGCGAGGGGCGCGACGAUGCGCGUCCUCCUCGCGCUCGUCCUCCUCCUCCUGACGCGGACGCCGCCCACCGCGGGCGCGGCCGCGGCCGCGGACGCGCCGACGGCCGCGCCGCCCGCGAGGAAGAAAGGGAUGAUCCCGCGGUGGAAGGACCUCCCGGUCACGGUCAAGCCCAAACCGCUCGGGACGCCGCGCGAGAAGGCGGCGAGGCACUUCGGUCUCCGCGAGCGCGACCUCUUCGCGCACGCGAACGCGUCGCGCGGUGUCUUGUCGACGUCCUCCGCGCGCGUGGAGACGCUGCGCCACGACCUCAAGGGCGCGGGGCAGCACCGCAAGCUGGACGUCGACGUCGCCGUGUCGUUCCGUAGGAAGAUGCGCGACGGCGACAGGUGUCACGUCGGCGUCGUGUACGACCUCGACACGCCCUUCUACGCGGACAAGUUCGAGCUCGCGCGCGCGGCGAUCCUCAGCACGCGCCGCGGGAUCCGACAGAACGACGCCAGCCUGCUGAACCGCACGUUCGCGGUGUUCGAGGAUGGAUAUUACAUCGGCGAGAGGACGAGCGUGCAGGUGCGUUCUAUACAAUUUUUUUUCACCCACCGCUCGGUUUCAACAUUUGAUCGCGUCACCUUUCAACUGACCGGUGAACUAUUUUUGUAUGGAAUGGCCCUCGUGCAGGUGAACGCGUCGGCGUUCGCGUUCACCGCGCCGGCGGCGUGGCGACGCGUCGGCUCGGGCGCCAAGGUUCUCGCGACCGCGACCUUCACUGACGUCCAGAUCCACAACCGCUACGGUCCGGUGCACAAGACGAAGCCCGGGGAGUGGCUCUGGAGCGCGUACUACCACGCGUGGAUCGACCACCCGAUCGUCGUGGCGCGGUGUCACGGCGCGGAUGAGGAUGGAAUAAUCGCCGGGGUGCCCACGGUGUCGUGGGAGGACGGCGGCGGCGACGUCGGCCAGACCGGGUGGGUCGUCGCGGCGCCGCCGACGAAGCGCGAGACGCCGUCGCGGUUGCUGUGGAUCAUCCCCGUCGGCGUGAGCUGUCACAAGCCGUACGUGAUCUGGAUCAAUCACGCGAUGCGGUGGCUGUGCGCGAUCAUAAUCUGUUACGUCGUGAUCAAACAGCCGAAGCAUAAGAUCGGGGUGUUCGCGACGAAGGAGGAGAAGGACAGGCUGAACGCGGAGAUCAGAGCGUACGCGUUGAAGUAUAAAGAGGAGCACCCGGAGGUCGAGACCGUGGAGUGGUACGAGUAUAAUUAA